AUGCUGCAGACGGGGCUCGCUCUCCUGGCCUUGGCUGCCUGGGUGGCUCUUCGCCCCUCGGAAGCCAUACUGCCCAUCGCCUCCAGCUGCUGCACUGAGGUUUCACACCACACCCCCAGGAGGCUUCUGGACAGGGUGAACGCGUGUCGCAUUCAGAGAGCUGACGGGGUGUGCGACUUGCCUGCGGUCAUCCUUCACGUCAAGCACAGAAGACUCUGUGUCAGCCCGCACAGUCACACUGUUAAGCAGUGGAUGAAAAGACAAGCAGCCAAGAAAAAUGCCAAAGGACACAUUUGCCACGUGAAGAGACACCACAGCAAGAGGGACCGUAAAGGGGUACAUCAGGGACACAAAGCACGCGGCCACCAAACUCCUUCCUAG